UCUGACUGUUCACAGUGAAUCUCAAGAAUGCCAGCCAAUUAUAAUGGAACAUGGGACAUUGUGGAAAAUGAGAACUUUGAAGCGUACAUGGUUGCUCUUGGGAUUGACUUUGCUACACGAAAAAUAGCUGGGGUGUUAAAGCCACAGAAAGUGAUUGAGCAAGAUGGAGACUCUUUCAACAUCAGAACUCUGACCAGCUUUAGGAAUUACUCAUGCGUAUUUAAAGUUGGUGAACAGUUCGAGGAGGUUACCAAAGGUCUGGACAACAGAAAAUGCCAGACGGUGGUGAACUGGGACGGUAAUAAGCUUGUGUGUGUACAAAAAGGAGAAAAGAAAAACAGGGGAUGGACUCACUGGAUAGAGGGAGAUACUCUCUACCUGGAGCUCAGAUGUGAAGACCAAAUCUGCAAGCAAACCUAUAAAAGAACAGCUUAAUGUGAAUUCUGUUUAGACAUGUUCGAGUUUUGGACCUAAACUAGCAAUUAUUGUGAUUAAUAUUUUGUUAUAGAAUACAUUUUUAUCACAUGCAUACUGUUUUAUAAUGACAAAUAUUUUGUAACAAUACUGUAAGGUUUUACAGUGAAGACCAAAUAAAUUACACUAUUCGAGUGCAAACAAAUGUCUAACAUUAACCAUUAUGUUUUCUCAUUGUUCAAAGCACUCCAAACAUUGAAGAGAAUUAUUAUUAACACUAUUAACACAUCUAGUGUAUAUGUCAGAAAAAAUGUGUGGUAUGGGUGAUACAAGUACAACACUUAGUCACAUGCAUUUUUGUGUCAAAGUCUAUUAUUUAAACACAUGACGUCACAUUACUCUACAAUACAUCACUUGUAUCUAUGUAUCUGUGUAUCUGUCUGUCUGUCUGUCUGUCUGUCUGUCUGUCUGUCUGUCUGUCUAUCUAUCUAUCUAUCUAUCUAUCUAUCUAUCUAUCUAUCUAUCUAUCUAUCUAUCUGGUAAAAUAUGUUACGGAAAUAAAUAAAUAAAUGAAAUAUCAGAUGGUGUUACAGAUAAGG